GCCAGAGUUCCGCUGCAGCUCCACAGACAGCAGCUUUACGCAGCGCCGGGCCUCCUGUCGUGCGCGCAGCCCGGAGCAGCAGCCAGCGGAGGAUGGUGCUGAGGCGCCUCACGGCAGAGGAACAAGUUUGAUACCUGUGGACAUCAGAGCAGAACAGCCCGACCAUGAGGGACAGACUGAGCAACCUGCAGGAAAUGUCCAGUGGACAGAUGGAGCCAAUGGAGUACGAAGAGUCCACUGUCUCCGAGACCUUCAGCAACGUGGACCUGGAGGACGAGCUGCCUCACGAGGCGGUGGUGUUCGAUGACAACAGCCCUGCUCUGGCCGAGGUCUUCUCCCAGUCGCAGGACAUCCACAGGGAGAUCCAGCUCAUCCGCCUGGAGGUCAAACGGCUCCGUGAGCAGAACUCCCGCAUGAUGCAGGGCACCACCACCAUGAGCACCAUUAAAAGGGACUCCAACGCCAUCGGUGCCGACAUAAAGAAGCGGGCCGAGGAUGUUCUCGCACGUCUGCACGACAUGGACGGCACUGCCCACAAGCUGGAAGAAGCUCACGGCUCAAACUCCGCCGCCACGCGUAUCGCCAGAACCCAGUACGCCUGCCUCAGCAACGGCUUCCGCGACGCCAUGUUUGACUAUAACGAGGCCGAGAUGAGUCACAGGGAGAACUGUAAGGCCCAGAUCCAGAGGCAGAUGGAGAUAGUGGGGCGUGAGGUGACGGGGGAGGAGGUGGAGGAGAUGAUAGAGAAAGGCCAGUGGAACAUCUUUAACGACAACAUUGUGACUGAAGGGAAAACGGCCCGAUCGGCUCUGUCCCAGAUCGAGAGGCGUCAUCAGGAGCUGGUGGACCUGGAGACCCGUAUCAAGGGCAUCCACGAGAUCUUCCUGGACAUCGCUCUGCUGGUGGAGGAGCAGGGCCCCAUGCUGAACUCCAUCCAGACCAACGUGCAGAAAACCGAUGCGGGCAUCCAAGAAGCCCUGGUCAAACUGGGCCGGGCCAAACGCCAUGACGGUAACAACCCGUUCAAAAAGAUGUUUUGCAGCUGUUUCCCAUGUGUCAACUAAUGACUGCAGAGACAGAAGAGUGGAGGGACGGCGAGACAGGCAGUCUGCUGUCCAGACUCACACACUGAACGCCUUCAUUCGUAUUUAUCACUGCGGCCUGUGCGCUUCCUGAUCGUUUUAUCCUGAAGUACAAUAAAGGUUUAACCUCCUGUG